AUGGGUCUCCACCCGCACAUCGUCGUGCGAGAGCACCAGCUCUACGGCUUCCAAUGCCGCGGGCUGUUCGCGCGCAGCUCUAUCGCACGAGGCGAGGUCGUUUGCGAGUGGGACGAAGAAGAGGCCGCUGCGCGGCGAGUGUACCACGCUCGUGACUUAUCAGCGGAACCCGAUCAUAAGAAGCGCGAAAUGAUGAUUCACUUUUCGUACAUGGUCGGUGACGACAUGUACGACACGAUAACGGACCCCGACGAAGACCCGAGCUUUUUUUACAACCACUCGUGCGACCCCAACACAUGGUACGCUACCCCUACUUGCAUGGUCGCCUUGCGCGACAUCCGCCCGGGUGAGCACGUCACGUACGACUACGCCUGCACGGAGACGGAGGGUAGCAUGCAUGCCGGCCUGCACUGCCGCUGCGGCGCCGCGUGCUGUCGCGGAACGCUCACAUUCACCGAAUGGCGCUCGCACGACUGGCAGCGGCGGUUCGCCGGCCACUGCUCGGCUCAUAUUGAACGGAAGAUGGCCGAGUCGGGGUGGUACGACCCGCGCGUAGUGACUCGUUACAAGGGCCGCGGCGCGGAUGCCUUCAAGGGGCUGUUCGCAUUGGCGAACAUCCGACGUGGCGAACCGCUUCUCGUUUUCGCCGGCAAGCUGGUUGGCCUCGAAUAUUUGCUGGGAAGCGACGAGCGCAUACGAGAGCUCUCGUUGCGAGUCAGCGAUCACCUCUGGCAGGUGCCGCAUCCGACGCGUGGGCCCGAGACGCCCGAUGUCAUCAACCACUCGUGCGACCCAAACUGCAAAUUGGAAGACUCGGUGACGGUGGUGGCCUUGCGGGACAUCGCGCCAGGCGAGGAGUUGAGCAUCGACUACGGCAGCACCAACGCAGGCAUCGUCCGCACCAGCAGCGACAACUUCAGUUGCCACUGCGGCGCGUCGAUCUGCCGCGGGUGGUCACAUUUUGGGGCUGAUGGGGAUACGUUUGAGUUUGGGGCUGAUGGGGAUACGUUUGAGUUUGGGACAACAUCUGGGGUGAGUCAGGGCGAGGAGGUCAGCACGAGCUACGGGCUGCGGGGAAACGAGGAUCUGCUGGAGGCGUAUGGCUUGUUUGGAGCCGAUGGGACAACGUUUGAGUUUGGGGCAACAGUCUCUGUGGCGCGGGGAGAGGAGGUGAGCACGAGCUACGGGCUGCGGGGCAACGAGGACCUGCUGGAGGCGUAUGGCUUCGUGCUGCCGGGGAACAUGUUCGACCACGCCCCCCUGCUGCCCUCGCUCUCCCACGCUGUUCACCUUGUUGUGGCUCUCAUCCGCCACCAUAGGGAGCAGCAGAAGGGGGGUGGCAAAUUCGAAGCGGCAAAUCAUGGAGGCUUGCAGCAGCGAGGGGUCAAGCUAGCAGUGCAGCAGGAGGAGGGACAGAGGGGGUUGGAGGGAGGAGCGGGAGGAGAAGGAGAGGAUGACAUAACAACUGGUCGUGGUGGUGAUGGCGAUGAUGUUUGUGGUGGUGUGGCGAAUGAGGAGAGAAGCAGAGGCCGCUGUGUUGCUGCUGCUGCAGAGCACAAGCCGAAGCCUGCAUGUGAUGCUGCUGCAGCUGCUGCCUGCCCUGCUGCUGCUGCGCCUGCUGGCUCCAGUGAAGUGAAGCACACGUGCAGUACUGCUGAUGCUGCUACAGCCGCCACUUGUGAGGCUACAGCGGCCAAUGCAGCCGGGGCAACAGUUCAUGCUACAGCUGGCAGUGUUUCCAGCCCUUCCCCUCGCAUUCAACCCACCCCCUCUUCCAUUCCUUGGCGGGAAGAGAUUAAGCAGAAGCUGCUGCGCGUGUGGGGGAGCGCUGGUGCUGGUGCUGGUGCUGGUGCUGGUGCUGGUGCGGGUGCGUGGCUAAUUGACGGUGGAGAGAGAAGCGGGGAGGGAGAACCUGAGCGCACGACUAUUCCACUGCAUCGGCUGAAGCGGCAGCUGUGGCGGGUGGCAGCGCGGGCAGUGGAGGCCGUGGUGAGGGAGCGAGAGGAGGAGGGCGGGAAGUUCUACAGCGCAGCUGAGAGUGGCGGCCCACCGUUUGAGCUGAUGCAGCGGAUCAGGAGAGUGAGCGAGGUGGAGGAGGUGCUGGGGGGCGUGGAGGAGAGGACAGAGGCGGACAAGGAGGGCAGGGUGGGCGUGGCGGUGUGGGCGAGAGGGCUCGUGGAGCCCAAUCUCAUCGCUGCCCUUGCUGCUGUGUAUUACUACUUGCAGUAUCAGCGAGGUGCGAUCUCUGGCCGGACAGGUGAGGCGGGCAGGGAGGUGGGUAUGGGCGUGGCGGUGUGGGCGAGAGGGUUCGUGGAGCUCAAUCUCAUUGCUGCUCUUGCUGCUGUGUUCUACCAUCUGCAGUAUCAACGAGGCGGGUGCGCUUGCUGCUCCAUUCUACUUUCUGCAGCAUCAACGAGGUGUGUGCGUUCUCUGGACCUUUCUGUGAUGAUCUACUCUCUGCAGCAUGGAAAAGGUGGGGCUUUGGCCGUGGCACCACUGCUAUUUCCAGCACCAGACAGAUCUUCUGCAGUGUUGACCAGCUCAGCAGUGUACCUGGGAUGGGCCGUCAGCAACAGUACGUUUCGGUUCCUCUUCUCCCCACCCCCCUCCGCGCCCCUGACAUGCUGCUUCAUUCCUUUUUCCAUCCCCCCUUAUACACACACAGACCCCCCUACAGUGUUAACCAGCUCAGCGGUCUACCUGGGGUGGGCGGUCAGCAACAGCUCCUGCCGGUUCCUCUCCUCGCCCGCCCCUGACAUGCUGCCCGCCCUGCAAGCAGCGGCCGACACCGUUCGUCUGCUAGCGCAGGCGCGGCUGCAGCAGAUGCCGACCGGCAUAGAAGAGGACGAAGCGAUCCUGAGGGAGCUGGAGCGGUGCAAGGAGAGGGAAAGGAGAGAGGAGAGUGGGAGACGGGAGGUAAGGAGGGGAGACACAGAGGGAGAGGGAGUAAAGGAAGGCGAGGAGGUGGAAGGGAGGGGCGACGACGAGGAGAGGAGGCGAAGGGAGGAAGAGGAGGUUGAGAGGGGUUGUGAGGAGUGGCGGAGAGGAGGUAGUGGAGAUGGGGAGAGGGGGAGACGCGGGGCAAGAGAGACACUCUCAGGAGGGAGGCCAACUGGAGGGAGGUUGAAACGAGGGAGGUCGAGAGGAGGGAGGUUGGGAGGGGAGAGGAUGACAGUGAUGGGAGUGCGGUGCAGGUGUGCAGUGCUGCUGCCAGUGCUGGAGGAGAAGGUAACAGCGGUGCAGUUCCGAUUGAGCAGGAAGCAAGUACUGCAGGGUGUGGUGGCACGGCUGGGAGCUGCAUGCCCUCCCACUGACAGCCUGGUUGCUUCAUAA